AUGGAAGAGUCCAACGAGGACCUAAAUGUCGUUCCUGAACUCUACUUUUUGUUAGCGAAAUUUCUCUCCGGGGGCCCUUUGAAGGAAACAGCGAAGACUUUGUUGAAAGAGUUGCAGAGCGUUGAGGUGCUACCUCGUCGACUCGACUGGGAGGGGAACGAGCAUCCAGUUUCGUUCGACGAAUUGAACUCACAAUACUCAGAUGUGUCAUGGCGGCGGCUUGCAGCUGUCUGCGAGCGGGCCCUUCGCUUGGCUCGUUCUGCCCCUACAUCCACCCUCAAAGAUCCCACCGAGCAGAAGCUGGAUGCUCGGCUGUCAUUGCUCAGCGAGUCACUUGUCAGACCGAAGCCUAAAUAUGCAUCAUUUAAACAGGAUCAUAGUUUAAUAAGGCGGUUAGUAUGCCGUGAACUGGGUGGCGGGCCUAAGGGUCCAGCAAAUGGUGCUGGCGUCGCAGCAGCCGUGGGUUAUCCAGGUCCUUUCCCUGCGAGGCAGUUGAGGAAUCUACAGCUGCAGAGGCGGACCCUGGGACACUUGUCAGCUGUUUAUUGCUUGGUGUUUGAUUGCACUGGGAAAUACAUUAUUACGGGCGCUGAUGAUCUACUAGUAAAAGUUUGGAGUGCAAUAGACGGUCGUCUGUUGGCUACGUUACGCGGCGCAGGCGCAGAGAUAACAGAUGUUUGCAUAUCAAGCGAUGGGGCUUUGUUGGCCUGUGGUUCAGUGGAGAGACUUGUGCGUGUGUGGUGUUUGGUUACCGGGGCACCGCGGGCGGUGUUGCACGCGCACGCUGGAACAAUUACUUCAGUGCACUGGGCGCCACCAGCGCACUCUGACGUCAGGUGGCUCGCUUCCACCUCUACGGACGGGUCCGUUGCGUUCUGGACGUGUUCAAUAGACGGGCAAUUCUUGUCCCAGCCCGUGCAGUACGUAGAGCGGAUGCGUCCAGGGGCCUGUCAUAUGAUAUGUGCUGCUUGGUCUGCUGGUGGUGCUUUUCUGGCAGCUGGAAGCGCUGAUCAUCACGUCAGGAUAUACUCUGUGGCUGUGGGUGGACCGAGGAGAGUGCUGGAGACCGCUGUUCAUUUAGAUGCUGUGGAUUCUAUUGCGUGGGCGCAUUGUGGGUUGAGAUUCGUAUCAGGAAGUAAGGAUGGCACGGCAGCCCUUUGGACAUUGUACGCGACGCAAUGGAGGCAUUCGCUAUUGAAGACCUUCACUGCCGAUGAUCAGAAGAAAUUGAAGGUGACAAUGGUAUGCUGGGACUGUAGCGAUGAAUAUGUAAUGACAGCUGUCUCGGAUAACACCGUCAGGGUAUGGUGCUCCCGUACUUGUACGCAAGUGCGAGUUCUGUCUGGACACCGUGAUGAAGCGUACGUGCUGGAAGCUCACCCGUACUUACCCGGUGUGCUGCUAUCUGCCGGACACGAUGGUCAACUAUUCGUAUGGGACGCUACAUCGGGAGAGAUUCUAGCACAAUUCCACAACGUAAUUGAUGGUCAAGGCGAAGGUGCUAUAUUUGACGCGAAAUGGGGCGGUUUUGACACAAUAGCCGCAUCCGAUUCCCACGGCCACGUUCUACUGCUGGGCCUGGGGCGUGGGCACAGGCUGCUCUCAAUGUUACCCACGGAGCUGUUCUUUCAUACCGAUUACCGGCCAUUGGUACGCGACGCGCUUGGUGGCGCUCUAGACGAGCAAACGGAAAUACCGCCACACCUAAUGCCACCACCGUUCCUGGUCGACGUCGAGGGGGCGCCACAUCCACCUGAGUUUCAGCGUCUGGUACCAGGGCGGGAGAACUUGGCGCUGUCGCAGCUGAUACCCCACGCGGAUGCAGCUAGAAGCCGGCUGGACGCGAUGAUAGAGGCUCUAGCAGCAGAUCCGGCCACGCCUCCUGCCCAUCCUGCACCGCAAGCUGCUGGUGUAUGGCGUGGUGAAGGUGUUCGUCACACAGCUGGUUCCUGGCAGCCUUUGGACGUGCCGAUAAGCACUCGGCCUAUCGUCAUACCGCUGCCAGCAGCGCAGAAGGAACGUCUUGAGAGAGCCAGUAUGGAGUUAAACAACCUAGAAAUGUCGUGGUACCGUCGGGAGAUGCGACGUCGCCCACUGAUGAUAUCUAUUCCGGGCGGCGACAGCGGGGCUCGCCGGAAACCGGGGCGGAGGCCUAGAGCUCCGGCUCCGCGGGCGAGACCGCAGCCCCCACAACCUCGUACUGAGGUACCCGAAGAUGCCUGCGAAGAGGAGAUCUGUUCGGAUAGUUCCAAUUCAACAUCGGACGAGUCUGUAUGCUUGUCUGGCUCGCAUUCGUCGCACAGCUCGCGGUCCAGGGCGCCCAGGCCACGGGUUCGGGCCAGACCUAGGAUCAACCAUGCCAGGAACACUUCACAGUCGAAUACUUAUAGUGAUUCCUCGCAUUCACCCGUCAAAAGUGAAAGUUCUUCAGAAUCCUCUCAAUACUCCGAUUGGGAGGCGGGCACUGCGCUUGCGCCGCCCGCUAGAGCGAGACGGAAGCCUGUUCCCACCACAAGAUAUAGCCCCAGCACAGUUAGCGCGAAACGUACCACUGCUGCCCCUUCCACCCCCAGUCUACCAUCCGGCCCCAGCACCAGUGCAGCGCCCCCAGUGGAAUUGCCUGAACCUUUUCGUGUUGGCGAAUGGUUGACAGCCGUGUCCCCCAGGAAGGCGCCGUACCAUCCGCAGAUGGGAGAUAGAUGUGUAUACUUUAGAUUGGGCCACCAAAGGUAUUUUGAAGCGGUGGCCGAAAAGGAUCUCUACAAGAUACACCCGAGAGACAAGCCGUGGGAACGGAUGCAUAUCGAUGACUGCGAAGCAGUGAAAGUAGUGGGGAUAAAGUACGUGAUCAAACCACCAAGGGUGGUCUGUCUGAAGCUGGCGAGGGAAGUGGAAAAGGGCAGCUUCACAGUCCGCUACCACGAUAUGCCAGAUGUCAUAGACUUUUUGGUGCUGAGGCACCAGUACGACGCUGCCGUUGCGAGGAAUUGGGGGCAGGGAGACAGGUUUCGCUGUAUGAUAGACGAUUCCUGGUGGACGGGUAUAGUGCUGGAGCGGAUAAGUCCGGCUGGUGCUCCAUCGGGUUCGAGCACAGAGCCCCAAACGUCAAACUCGAACGAGUGGGCGGAAGCCGCUGCUUCUCACUUCUUAUCGCUUCGCGUAAGAUGGGACAAUGGGGAGGUUGAAAGGUUAUCACCGUGGGAUUUGGAACCUCUCGAUCCAGAUAGGUUACCAUCUGAACCCGGUGGCGCUGUGAGUGUGUUGCCCCACGAGCUGGAAGCGGUUCUAUGUCGGAGCGAAACCCACGAAUGGCCGCCGGACGCCUGUGAAUCUAUCGCCAAUCACAUAUCACAGGUGAUGUCGCUCUCCGUCGCUGAGCCGUUCGUGGCCCCGGUGGACCUGCAGCUGUACCCCUCCUACGCACUGGUGGUGCCGUAUCCCAUCGACUUGGCAACCAUCCGAGCCAGGUUCGAGAACCAAUUCUACCGUCGAGCGGCGGCCGCGCAGUUCGACGCGCGCUACUUGGCCAGCAAUGCGGAGCAGUUCAACAAAUCGCACACGCCGAUCGUCAGACAGGCGAGGCUUGUUACUGACCUGCUUCUGUCCAUAAUUAGUAACUGGCAAGUGAUAGAUGUCGUGACAAAGUACCACGAGCUGUCUGCGUCGUAUCACUCGUCCGAUGAAGAACCGCUGCAAGUACAGAAGAACAGGCGAGAACGGUCUAUGAAGGCAGAUGGGGCUUGGCGGGAGCAAUGCGUCGCUUUGAUCAGGGAGUUGUCUGCGUCCGCUGACGCCGAACCGUUUCGGCAACCCGUCUCGCCAAGUAUGGCGCCUGACUACUUGUCGGUGAUAUCUCGGCCUAUGGACUUGGGGACGGUGCAACAGAAACUAGAGAACGAAGAAUACAACAACGCAUCCGAGGUGGCCGCCGAUGUGCGGCUGGUCUUUUCUAAUAGUCGACUGUAUAAUACAAACAAGCGAAGUCGGAUCUAUUCAAUGACGGUCCGUCUUUCCUCCCUCUUCGAAGCCCUAUGGGCUCGGAUGCCCAUAGAGAGCAGAAGCACCAGACGGUCCACGAGACACAAUCGGCACGUAAGGAACUCGAGACGGACUAGAAAGACCGCAGAGCAAACAAACGGUACAGUCGCGACGAAACUGCCAUCGGAAUCCAGCUCGGAGUGCGAGACGUUAGCGAUGACGUCACGACGGGUCACUCUGGCGGAACGGGAACGGAAUGGGAACGACUCGUGGGACAGUGACGCACCGCUCAAUGCACACAGUAAAGGCAAAGGUGUUGGUAAGAAGACUAAAAACGGUGCCAUUGCUGGGACUUCGAGUCGCGUCCCGCCAACAUAUGUAGAAACGAACGGUGUAACUCAAUCGGACACAGAGGAGGAAAUAGAAGUGAGAAUGAGAGACAGCAUACAGGAUGGAUCCAGUUCUGAGAGCAGCGCUUAUUCUAGAAUACAGGUUGUCGAAGAGGAGUUAGUAGAAGAUGAAGUAGAAGUCACGUAUGAGGAGGAAACCACCACGGCGCGGAGCGAACGGCACAGGCAUCGAGCCAGGAAGCAGUUACGAAGUAAUUCGAGAAAAAGACGACGCGCGAGAAGUUCUGGUGGUAGUAGUUGCAGCGCAGGAAGAAGAACCAGAUCGCCAAAACGAACGCGAGAGAGGUUCACGGACGGUUCAUCAUCAAGCAGUUCGUCCGGUUCCAACUCGGGCUGGUGUUCGGGGAACGGAGCGGGUCGUUACGAAUCGGAUCGCUCCUACCGACCUGGACAGUACAGCUCCGACGACGAAACGCCAUUGUUACUGUACCGACAACGCCAAGACGGUGAUUUGGAGGCGGGACCGUCGAGAAGACCACAGCACAGGAGCGGUGGUGUUUCAUUGCGGAAACGGCGAAGCCCACGACGUUACAACGAGGACAGCGAAGAGGACUCGAUAGCGGCGAUCAGCAAGCGUCUGCCCCACCACCAACAGCAUUUGCAGCAUCAGCAUUUGUUGGCGAGGAGGAGACGCAAUCAUGCGCAGGGCACGGGCGUACCAAGUGCCAGUGCAGCACCGCACAACGAAGACCACAACUACUUCAACGGCCACCACAACCAAAUGCAUAACGAAACAUCUCCGUCUCCAGCAAAUUCUGGAGGUUCUUCGGGGCCCGGAACUGUCUCCAUAUCAUCGAGGGGUCGAGUGCGGCGUCUGACAGCAAAGGCGAGAGGUCUCCUGCGCAAAUAA